ACAGAUGAACUAACUAAUUGAAGAGAUUAGGGAUGGCAAGAGCAAUGAAGAGUGUGUGGGAAUUCGUUUAUGUUGUGGUAGCGGUAAUGGCGAUGAUAAGCGCAGGGGCAUACGCCUCUGUUUCGUGCAUGACUGUUGCUUCUGAUUUAACCCCCUGCGCUGGCUUUGUUUCAGGUGCCGCCGCUCAGCCGGCCAAGGCAUGCUGUGACGGCAUUAGGAGUCUGAAUGCCGCCGCCAAGACAAAAGCGGACAGGCAAGCCGCUUGUAAGUGCAUAAAGUCUCUUUUAGGCCCCGCUCUUAACUAUACUAGAGCCGCCGAAUUGCCCAAACGCUGCGGGGUAGACAUUGGCAUACCCAUCAGCCGUUCAGUUGACUGCUCCAAGAUCAGCUGAGGUGCCUGAAUUCUGGCAAUGAAGUCGCCACCAUGAGUGUGACUUUAGUUGCUGGAUGAGUUAUGUUGGUAUGCUUUAUACUGUUUAAAUAAUACGUCUGUACUUAUGUUGCUAUGCUUUAUACUGUUUAAAUAAUACGUCUGUACUGCACAGCUACCAAGUGGCUGUACUUGAAUAGAGGCUAUAUAAUAAGAAAGGUAUUAUCCUUCAGGGACAAGGAAAAUCAGAAACUGUUAACUGGUAUCGAAAAUUCUAAUAUAUGAGCAUUCUUAUUUUGCU